AUGACAGCGACGGCAUCUUUCGAGCCGCCGCAGCCGGAGCGGUGGCUGGAGGGCACGCCUUGGAAACCGGUGCCCGUACAUAUGGACUGCGGCAACGGAGAAAGCCCCGCCGCGGAGCGCCUCGACUCGCAGCUUUCGCAGGCCGUGCUGGGCGCCGCCGCCGGCCUCGCGGACGCGGCGCUGCCGCUCGCGGCCCGCGCGCCGCACGUCUCGGCGCUCCUCGCACGCGCCCCGUUUGCGGGCGCCGCCGCGGAGGCGCUGCUGCAGGCGGGCGUGCGGGGCGUGGUGGACGCGUGCCAAGCGAUCAUGGCGGCGGGGCCCACACCCGCGGCCUUGAAGCUGCAGGCAGCUGACCUGCUGGCUGCAGUGUGUGCAGAGUCGAGGUGCAACCUCCUGCUGUCCCCCGCCGCGCUCGUCGACCAACUGAGGCGCGCUGCGGGGCGUGGCGAGGAGGGCGCGCGCGCGGCCGCGGCGCGCGCUCUGUGGCAGCUGGCCUGCGCCCCCGACUUCCAGACGGAGGUCGUCCGCAUCGCCGGCGGCCGACUGCAGAUCCGCGGCUGGGGCAGAUCCUUUUGGCGCCAAGCGGCGUCGUUCUGA